UUCACUUAACCAUUUCAUUCCAAACUACCUGGCCAUUGCUUUCUCACAAGCACCUAAAACAACGACUAUCAAUAAAGUGUGUUAUCUAGUCAUCUAUCUUGAUGCACCCACCAUCGUAUCAGUGUCAUGAAAGCCGUAGUGAUCAUACCGUGGUGCCUCCAGAAAAGAUCCGAAUACCUGAAGAUCAGCUUGACUAUUCACAUGAGCCUACAUGGGAUCAAUCCAAUUUACUAGUCCACUGUGACAAGCCAUUCAAUGCAGAGCCUUCUUUACCAGCUCUUAUUAACGCUGGGGAGAUCACACCUACAGAAAUUUUUUUCAAACGCAAUCAUGGGCCUAUCCCAGAUAUUUCACAGAUUCAACAUAGGGUCUAUAUCGGUUUACAGGAUGGGGAACGACAUCAAGGUAUCAAUUGGCAGUCUCUUUCAAUGAAUGACAUCAUGACUCGGUGGCCAAAGGUUACAGUCACAGCAACGUUACAGUGUGCGGGUAAUCGACGUGAUGGACUUGCAGCUGUCAAAGAGGUUAAAGGAGUUAUCUGGAAAUCAGCAGCCGUCUCUACUGCUAUCUGGUCUGGUGCACAACUAUGUGACAUUUUGAAUGAUGUUGCGGGAAUAUCUGCAGAACAUCAUAACAAAAUGAUUCGCGACUACCAUGUCUGCUUUGAAGCAAAUGACCAUGUUCACGAGGAUGUUUGCUACGGCAGCUCAAUCCCACUUAGAAAAGCAAUGGAUCCGAUGGGAGAUGUUAUAUUAGCAUAUGAGAUGAAUGGCAAACCAUUAACGCGGGAACAUGGAUUUCCUAUUAGAGUAAUCGUCCCUGGGUAUAUUGGAGCGCGAUCUGUCAAAUACUUGCAAAAAAUAGUUAUUCAGCCUCAAGAAUCAACCUCAUUCUUUCAAAGACGCGAUUACAAGAUUCUUGAUCCAACAAUCGACCAUACGAAUGUAGAAGAAUCUUGGGACACGGCUGCCUCUCUCACAGAAAUGAAUGUUCAAUGUGUGAUAUGUACUCCAACAGAGAAUGAAGUUAUUCCUUCCACAGAAGCAGUAACCAUCAAGGGUUAUGCCAUAUCUGGCGGCGGAAGAAGUAUAUACAGAGUUGAGGUGUCUGUAGAUAGUGGCAAGACAUGGGAACCAGCGAGCAAACUGGUACAAAACCCUGAAGUACACAGCGGUAUGUACUGGACUUGGGCCAUCUGGGAGAAGACUGUGUCUAAGAUUCCCCACUCUACCGAGAUCAUUGCACGUGCAUAUGACUCGAGUGGAAAUACGCAGCCGGAGCAUGCGAUUUGGAACUAUCGGGGGGUGAUGAAUAAUGCUUGGUUUCGUACACGUGUCAUGCAAGUUCCCAAUAACCGCAUGUAGAGAGAGUGAGAGAGAAAACAAGCACCUCAUAGUCUAGAUUAGCUUCGUUUUUCAAUCAC